UGGAGAGCUAUACAGAGAGAGGAGAGAGAGAGAGAGAGAGAGGGAAAAAAAAAAACAAAAACAAAAAAGCAAUAGAUACCCCUUCAAUUCAGUCAAUCGAAAGGAAAUCCCACCCACUUCUUCUCCUCCUCCUUCCUAUCACGCGGAUUCCUCAUUAAACUCCCAUAGACUUCCUUCUUCCCAUCACAGACAGGAAUUCAAAUCCCAUUUCCCAAUUUAUUGCCGUGAUUUCUAGCAGCUAAGAAAGCUACAGCCUAUUUCAAUUCAUUCUAUAUUUGCAUAUCCUACGAAUACAUACCUAUAGAGAGAGAUAUAGAGGAAUUAUUGGGUUAUGGCAUCGGCGGCGAUAUUCUCCUCGAUGAGGCGGCGCCGGUCGCCGUCGCUGGACGCGUUCCUGGCGCCGGUGGAUCUGACCGACGUGGCGCUCGUCGAAACCCUAAUCGCCGUGGCGGCCGACCUCAUCGCUUCCUUCUCCUGCAAAACGCCGCCGUUCCAGCGCAAGAAUUCACGCUCCCUCAUCCGAAAGGCCGAGGUAUUCGUCCUCCUCUUAGAAUACCUUCGCGAUUCUUCUUCGACCUUCGCUAACAAUAACAACAACAGUAACAAUUACAACAGCAAUAGCAAUAACAAUCUCUCUCCGACGCUGAUUCUCUGUUUUAAAGAACUCUACCUGUUGUUCUACCGGUCCAAAAUCCUCCUCGACUUCUGCUUCAAUUCGAGCAAGCUCUGGCUGUUGCUCCAAAACCAUUCCAUCUCGGGUCAUUUCCACGACCUAAAUCAGGAGAUCUCCACGCUCUUGGACGUCUUCCCUUUCCAAGAGCUGGAUCUCAACCCUGACGUCAGGGAACAAGCUGAAUUAUUGCAAACACAGGCCAAGCGGUCCAAACUCUUGAUUGACCAACGCGACGAGGCGUCGAGACUUGAGUUCUAUUCGUUUCUCGAUGAGUUUGAGAGGGAUAUGGUACCUGAUCCGGUUGAGUUGUAUUCGUUCUUCGUGAAGAGGUUGGGGAUUCAGGGCGCAAGGGGGUUCAGGGUUGAGAUUGAGUUCUUGGAGGAGCAGAUUUUGAACCACCAGGGGGACGUGGAGCCGACCGUGUCGGUGCUUGAUGGUUUCGUGGCUCUGGUUAGGUAUUCCAGGUUCUUGUUGUUCGGGUUUGAGGAGGAUGAAGAGGUGGAACUGAGGGCUGGGAAACAAAAGAAGAAGCAGAGGAAAGGGUUGAUUAAUAGGGAAAUCGGGGAGACGUUUAUCAAGGUUCCGAAGGACUUUUGUUGCCCGAUAUCGUUGGAUUUGAUGACAGAUCCCGUCAUAAUUUCGACGGGACAGACUUACGAUCGAGCUCCCAUAUCAAGGUGGAUAGACGAAGGCCAUUAUACCUGCCCAAAGACGGGGCAAAUGCUUGUUCACGCCCGGAUCGUUCCUAAUCGGGCUCUAAGGAACUUGAUUAUGCAAUGGUGCAUUGCUCAUGGAAUUCCUUAUGACCCACCGGAGAAUCCAGACUCUUCUGCUGAAGCUUUUGCACCGGCUUCAGCUACCAAGGCUGCAAUGGAAGCUAACAAAGCCACUGCAAAUCUUCUCAUUCAACAGUUAGUAAAUGGGUCACAGGGAGCGCAAACCAUUGCUGCACGUGGGAUACGUUUGUUAGCGAAAACUGGGAGAGAAAACAGGGCUUAUGUUGCAGAGGCCGGGGCGAUCCCCCAUCUGAAAUCACUGCUUUUUUCUUCGAAUGCAGUAGCACAGGAGAAUUCCGUGACAGCAAUACUCAAUUUGUCUAUAUUCGACAAGAACAAGAGCCGGAUAAUGGAUGACGAAGAUUGUUUAGGAUCUAUUGUUCGAGUUUUGCGAUUUGGGCACACUACUGAGGCGAGAGAAAAUGCUGCAGCGACGUUGUUUAGCCUUUCUGCGGUCCACGAAUACAAAAAGAGAAUAGCUGAUGAAGAUGGGGCAGUUGAAGCUUUAGCGAGUUUGUUGAUAGAUGGUACACCAAGAGGAAAAAAGGACGCCGUCACAGCCUUGUUCAAUUUAUCCACGCACAUAGAUAAUUGUGCAAAAAUGAUAAAAUCUGGCUCUGUGAACGCAUUGGUGGUGGCUUUGGGAGUGGAAGGCGUGGCGGAGGAAGCAGCUGGGGCAUUGGCAUUGAUAGUUAGGCAGCCCAUGGGGGCUGAAGCGGUGGGGAACGAGGAAACUGUGGUGGCGGGACUAGUGGGAGUGAUGCGGUGUGGGACCCCCAGAGGGAAGGAGAAUGCCGUGGCGGCUUUGCUCGAGUUGUGUAGGAGCGGUGGGGCUGCCACGACUGAGAGGGUGGUUAGGGCGCCAACGUUGGCAGGUUUGAUUCAGGGUUUGCUAUUCACGGGGACAAAGCGGGCCAGGAGAAAAGCAGCAUCGCUUGCUAGGGUUUUCCAGAGGUGCGAGAAUAAUUAUAAUGCGUCCUUGCAUUUUGGUGGAUUGGGAAUGGGUUAUUCGUUUGCAGGGAACUCAGCUGCAAAUAGGGAGACGAGUUUCGCUGGAGAUGUUUCGGUGCCCAUGUCCAUGUCGGUUCAAGUUUUAUAGGGGUAAUUCUCAGCCUUGAGCUAUUGCCCUCCCAAUACAUUAUGUUGCCAAUUUUGUUACAUUCACAAAUUCAUUCAUUUAUGUAUAAAGCAUGAGAAAAGAAAAGUUUUCCAAAUAUCAUGAUGUGCCAGGAAAGAACUGUGUUUUUUGACGUUUUAAUUUCAUAUGUUCGGUGAUUUCUGACGA